GGGAAAUGCAGUUUUUGGGAAUUCAGGGCCGAGUGCCCGAGUGCAACUCUUCUGUUUUGCCAUCAGUCGGACUGUUGUGCCGGCGCUACAGUGCUAAUCCUUUACUCUUCUUGGCGAUUGUCAUGCUCUCAUGGAUCGUUUUCUGGGUAUUGCUUUCAGUGGAAUGUGCUUUCGGGACGUUAUCCCUACCCUCUCCUGUCAUGACUAUUGUUCCAGGAGUGGAAUUGCUACUAAGCUCCCAGUCAAAAUCAUGAAUUAAGUUGGCCAUAACUAGAUGAACUACUUGUUGAGCUAAUGACAUGCUGGGACCUUUUACCGUUCAUUUAAGUCGGUGAUCAGCAAAAAAAAUCGCAACAUCAAGACUCUCCUUUCUCCUCACUCUCCCUGUCUUAGUAAUUGUCCUGGAGAUCAUACUUCAGGAUGAUGGGUCUUUUUUUAGAACUUUCAAGGAAAUUAGAGUGAGAAGAACACAUAGAUAUUUCUGUAACAGCGGCACCCCUUUGAUGGAUUCGAUGAUGAGUUGCCCCUUUUGUCAUUUAAGUUUUCCGCAGCCCGAGCUCCAAUGGCAUGCCAACAGUCACUUCAAUUACGAAGAUGAACAAUUCGUGAGUGACCUGGAAUUGGCCCAACAAAUUGCUCUUGCCCCUUGCUCGCCAACACAAACUAAUGAUGAAUCUGAGCCAACUUUUCAAAGCCAUACAUCCUUGGCCAUGGCUGUGGACGAAAAGAUUUCUUGCCUGAUCAGCUUGCAGAUUAAGAGUCCCUUUUACCACAUAAAGGAAGGUUUGAUGUCGAUGUUGCACACCUGUUUGGCAUCUGAGCCUGAUAACUCCACAAUCACUCUAUUGUGCGGCUAUGUUGAUCAUUUUCAAAGUGUUUUCUCGGAGGAUGUUGGUUGGGGUUGUGGAUGGCGCAACAUCCAAAUGCUUAGCUCUCACUUGCUUUACCAAAGACAGGAUGCCAGGCAAGUACUGUUUGGUGGGUCAGGAUUCAUUCCUGAUAUCCCCUCCCUCCAGAGAUGGCUUGAGAUUGCUUGGGAUAGGGGUUUUGAUGUGGAUGGCUCUCAUCAUUUCAACCACCAAAUAUAUGGUUCAAAAAGUUGGAUUGGAGCUACUGAAUGUGCUGCUCUUCUUCGUUCAUUUGGUCUUCGAGCCAGGAUUGUGGAUUUCGGUCCUAAGGAGUUGGAACCGCAUUUUCUUUCUGUUCCUGGUUCAAGCCUGGGACCACAAAUGACGAUAACUAAUGCUAGAGCCAAGAGAAAACUGCUUCAGGUUUAUGGACCAAUGGAUAGAUUUCUGCUGAGGAAGCAUGAUGAUGAUCCUAAACUAGAUCAUCUCUGGCAGCAUGAGUCCAGGCUUUCCAGUAAGCAGCUAUGUGACAGUACGAAUAAUGGAUGUGGUCCUACCCUGAAAAAUAAUAUUUCAAGAAAGACUAAGGGUGGUCAUCAGAAUCUCAUUGAAUGGGUCUGGAACUAUUUUUCGGACAAAAUUGUAACCAGUGGUGCACAGCAUCGUGUUGUUGUCACUGACAAAGCGCCCUUGUAUUUCCAACAUGAAGGGCACUCAAGAACCAUUGUUGGGAUUCAAGUUAGAAAUCAACAGAAUGGCAUGGAACAAUAUAAUCUCUUGAUAUUGGACCCCGCGCAUCGGACGGAAGCUCUGGAAAGAUCUCUAAAAGACAACAUUGGCUGGCAGAAACUUAUAAAAAGAGGUGUCCACACACUGAAGAAGCUGCAGUACCAAUUAUGUUACAUUGAUCCGGGAAUUGCUGGUGAGGAGGAUAUGGAGCAACUCAAGACUAUCAAUAGCAUCUUUAUUGAAAUCUAGAGGAAUAUUUUUGUUCCAAGGCUUCUCUUGGGUACUAUCUUAUCCACUUCAUCUCCUACAUUAACAUGUUUCUUGUUUUUGAUGAAAAGAUAACAUCUGCCUAUUUAUUGAAGCACCUAAAGAGGUGGGAAAGA